AUGAAGCUGCAAAAAGCAUCUGACAAGAAAUAUGUUUCUCUUAGUUACUAUGAAAUUUUGUUUGCUUCUCUCAUUGCAGGUUUUGUGUGUGUUUGUGUUGGAUUGAUUGUUCUCUCAUGGUUGUCAGUCCGGGAGUUAGAACGAGCCAAGGCAAAUGGGAGUACACAUGGCUACAUGGGAACAUUUAAAAUACUCUCUGGGACAUCAUUCACUCCUGCUUUGCAAAACAGAUCAUCAGCUGAUUUCAAAGUCCUUGCCUUUGAUGUUGAACAACUGAUACAAGACAUUUUUCAAACAAGUGAUCUGAAAAAUGAAUUUGAGAGAUGUGAAAUUUCCCAGUUCAAGAAAUCUGAAGAUGGCUUUGAAAGAUUCAAGAAGUCAGAGACUCGUGUUGUUGUGAUCUUCACCCUUUAUUUUAGCCACAUGGUAACAGUUGAGAAAGUAAAAAAUGAGCUGGUUUUGCAUAUCAACUCAAAUAAAACUAAUCUUACUCAGACACUGAAAAUUGAUGUGAACAGCAUACAAGUCACAGUAACUGCUGAAAAUCUUACUACAAUGAUGCCGUUAACUUCAGGUUCAGGACAGCUCACUACAAGCAAGCCCUCAACAAGUGCAGCUGAAUGUUUGCUACCUGCUGAACUUUGUGAUGAUGGUGUAACCUGCAUUAGAAAUGAUUUAUUUUGUGAUGGAAUCUUGGACUGCCCAGAUAGUUCUGAUGAAUCUGAAAAAAGAUGUGCUGCAGUUUGUGAUGGAAAAUUUAUGUUGACUGAUUCCUCUGGGUUUUUUCACUCUAUGAAUUACCCAAAACCAUAUAAUUCAAACAUCAUUUGCCAAUGGAUUAUACUGGUGCCUCAAGGGCUAUCCAUUAAACUGAACUUCACUUCCUUCGAAACACAAAAAUAUGCAGACAAUUUAAAUAUUUUUGAAGGUAUAGGACAAAACAAGAUUUUAAGAGCUUCUCUGUCAGGGACUAAUCCUGAGACAAUUUACAUUUUUUCUCAUGAGGCUACAGCACAGUUCAUAUCAGAUUAUUCUGAAAAUUACAGCGGCUUUAAUGCAACAUACUCUACAUUUAAUGCAAAUGAACUAAACAAUUAUGAGAAAAUCAAUUGCACUUUUGAAGAAAGCUUUUGUUAUUGGAUACAAGAUUUAGAUGAUGAUUCAGACUGGGAAAGAAUUCAGGGUCCUACUUUUCCCCCUAUGAGUGGUCCUGAUUUUGAUCAUACAUUUGGCAACAUGUCAGGAUUUUAUAUUUCAACACCCAUAGGACAUACAUUCAGAGAAGAGAGAGUCCAGAUUCUGAGUCUACCUUUGAAUUCUUCAGAUUUAUCUUGUCUAAGCUUUUGGUAUUUCAUGUAUGGUGCUAAUGUUUAUUGUUUAAGAGUGAGCAUAAGUAAUGUGCAUGGUUUGGAAAAGAUCAUUUUCGAGAAAAAAGGAAACUAUGGGAAAAACUGGAAUUAUGGACAAAUAACUUUAAAUGAAUCAUCUGAUUUUAAGGUUAUUUUUGAUGCCUUUAAAAGACCUGGUCUCAGUGAUAUUGCCGUGGAUGACAUUGGCCUGACAAAGGGGAAGUGUAAUGACAGUAUUUAUGUAGAGCCAACUGUGAUUCCAUCUAUUACUGCCGUCCCUUCAGGUCCUACUGACUGUGGAGGGCCGGUUGAACUCUGGGAGCCAAACAAUACCUUCAGCUCUGAAAACUUUCCAAACAAUUAUCCUAAUCAAGCUUCUUGUGUGUGGUAUUUAAAUGCUGAAAAUGGAAAAAACAUUCAACUUCAUUUUCAGUUUUUUGAUCUGGAAAAUAUUUAUGAUGUAGUUGAAGUCAGAGAUGGCAGAGGACCAACGUCCUUACUUUUGGCUGUAUAUACAGGACAAGACCCACGGCCAGAUGUUUUCUCUACAACAAAUCAGAUGACAGUAAUCCUCCUUACGGACAAAUCUACAACGAAGAGGGGAUUUCUUGCAAAUUUUACUACUGGCUACCAUCUAGGAGCUUGUGCAAUUAAUGAGCAUCAGUGUGGCAGUGGGGAUUGUAUACCAUUGCAUAACCUUUGUGACAACCUACCUCAGUGUGAAGAUGGCUCUGAUGAAGCAAAGUGCAUGAGAUUGUUUAAUGGUUCUCUAAGCACUGAAGGGCUGCUACAGGCCAGGAUUGGGAAGAUGUGGCACCUGACAUGUGCUGAUGGUUGGAAUGAAGAGAUUUCAGACAGUGUUUGCCUGCUUCUGGGGUUAGGGGAUGCAAACGUGUCAUCGACAGUAUUAUUCACUGCAGAUGGCCCGUUUGUCAACAUUGCCAAAGCAACUAACAACAGCCUAAUAUUUACAAAAAGAGAAUUCUGUUUGAACAACCAGGUGGUUCAUCUGCAAUGCAACAAUAAACCUUGCGGAAAACACCUGGUAACUCAGAGCUACAGAACAAGAAUUGUAGGUGGAAGUGAUGCCAGAAGAGAGGCUUGGCCUUGGAUAGUUUCACUCCAUUUUAAUUCCAGACCUGUUUGUGGAGCUUCCCUUGUCAGUGAUGAAUGGCUGGUGACAGCAGCACACUGUGUAUAUGGGAGGCAAUUAAAACCAUCUCAGUGGAAAGCAGUUCUUGGCUUGUAUGACCAAUCAGAUAUGACACAGCCUUCAACAGUAGUUCAAAACAUUGAUCAAAUAAUUAUAAAUCCUCAUUACACAAGAUCUACAAAAGAUAGUGAUAUUGCUCUCAUGCACUUGCAAUACGAAGUGCAAUAUACAGAUUAUAUACAACCUAUCUGCUUACCAGAAAAAAAUCAACACUUUUUACCAGGAAUUAACUGCUCCAUUGCUGGAUGGGGUACUAUUAUGAGUGAAGGUCCCACUUCAGAUAUGUUGCAAGAAGCAGAGGUCCCUCUCAUUUCAAAUGAAAAAUGCCAACAACAGAUGCCAGAAUAUCAUAUUACUAAUAAUAUGAUCUGUGCAGGAUAUGACAAAGGAGGAGUAGAUUCUUGUCAGGGAGAUUCAGGUGGCCCUAUGACAUUUGAAGAUGGGGACAAAUGGUUUUUGGUUGGUGUAACAUCAUUUGGCUACAAGUGUGCACUUUCCAAACGACCAGGAGUGUAUGUUCGAGUCACCAUGUUUGUGGACUGGAUCAAAGACAUUAUCUAUUAGCAUGAUAUUAUUAAAUGAUAAAAAUAGAACUUCAAGGUUGAAAAUAAGCCAUUAGAUAACAAUGUAAACCAGACUGGCAUUUCAACCUUACAGUUAGAGAAACUGAAUAAAUAUUUAAAUUUCAGGGAGGAAAACAUUACUAUUUGAGAACUCCAUUACCAAUUGAGAGUAAUAUUCCAAAUCAGAUGCUAUGAUUUUUUUAACAAAUAGUUUUAUCAUUUUACUUUUUCUAUGAGACCAUGAGGAAACAGUUUCUUUGAACAUGAGUGUAUUAAAUGCAUAGUGAAGGGCUUUACAAAC